AUGCUUGGUAAUCUUAGUUCUGAUGUGGCUCAGGAUAUUGCAAGAGUAAUUCUCACUCAUAAGAAGCUGCGACAUGAUCAAUAUAUUUCAAAUAUUGUAAGGAAGACUCCUGAACAGUUGGUACAGCCUGGCUUGAUCCAGUUCCAUAAAAUUGGUGAACUGGGAGAAAGAUACCUUUCUGCACCAUACAUCUGGAUUUGGAUUCUGUCAGAACAAAGGUCAGAUGAAAAAAGUGAUUAUAUCCUUCAACAUUGGAGAUUCGAUGACUAUAUUGAACAAAGGUCCAAAUUACAGGUAGGUCCAGAAACACCUCCUGGUGCUCAAUUCUGGCAGAAUUUUGAAGACUUUGUUGCUAGAUUUCGUUGCAUUAAAUCCCGGAUUUUUAAUGAAGGUGAGCAUGUAAACAUUAGUGAAAUGCAUACAAGGGCUGUAUUGAAUGUUGAGUUUCGAUUUGUGAAUUAUCAUCUUGGAUUCCGCACUGCAACUAAGCAGAUUGAUACCCAUUCAACAUCAGACAACAUGAAGGAAUGGUUUAUCACAUGUACUCAUGAUAUUGUUAAUGCUCGAGAUUGUCAAAAGUUUAUCCUCAAUUGUGCUUCAGCACCUGCUGGAGAUGGCUUUGUUUGUCUGGCCUGUCCAGGACAUACUCUAAAUGAAGUACACCAAUACAAGCAUCUGCAAAAGAGCAAUUUCACUCUAGAUAGCUGUCAGGAUGAAUGUUAUAAAGCUGCAUCAACUGACAAUUUUUUCCUUGCUUUUACAACUCAAAAAAAUUGUAAUUGGGAUGAUAAUCUUCCACCAAACUCAGGUAUUAUACAUGGUCAGAAUUGGGGAAAAUAUUUUGGGCCAUUUGCUGCUCGAGCCUUUAUAUUUUCACAGGAUAGUCCACCAGAUAUUAACAGUGCAACAUACUUGCACCUACAGUUGAUUGAGGGAAUAGGUAUGGAGUGUGCUGAAAAAAUUAUUAGUAAAAGACCAUUCAACAGUUUGGAAGAAGCAAUAGAAAGGACAGGCAUUGAUGGGAAAAUGUUGAAGAGAUUUAAAUUCUCAUCUCAGUAG